AUGCAGCCUCCAAUCAGCCAACAGUGAGUUAAAAAGAGUUUUAGACUCUUCUGAUGAUAAGACAAAGUCCUUGAUAAAUGAGAGAGAAACGGAGAGAGAGAAGAAGAGUUUGGUUUGGUUUUCUUUUAAUUUGUAGUGUUGUUUCUAUCAUUUUGCUAAUUCACAGUGACUGUUGUGAGUGAGAAAGAGCAAGAAAAUCUUGAGAGAAAAGGUAAGAAAAGAAAGAAAAUCUUAAAACACCUAAACAUGUUUGAUGGAGUUCCAGCUGAACAGUUGCACCAGUUCAUAACUUCAUCAACAAGACCUUCUCUUCCUCUCCCUCUCCCUCUUUCUUUUUCUUCUUCAGCUCUUCACCUCCAUCAUCACCAUCAUGCCUCCUCCAACACCAAUAUUUUCCCUACUUUUGAUCCUUACACUUCCACCCCUCCUCCUUCUCAACAGCUACUACAGCUCCCCCACCAUCAUUUUUUGCACCCAUUGCACCACCACCAGCAGUAUUCACCAACCCAGAAAAAUCAUCAAGACAAACAAGAAAACAACAACAGCAGCAGCAGCAGCAGCUUGGUGGCGAUGAAUUUCGAGAUUGAAAGAGAUAGAUCGAUACCGGAACCGGUUGAAGUUGAUCCAACUUGGUCUAAUGAAGAAGUGCUUUCACUGUUGAGGAUCAGAUCUAGCUUUGAGAAUUGGUUCCCCGAAUUCACUUGGGAACAUGUAUCAAGGAAGCUUGAAGAGACUGGGUACAAGAGAAGCGCAGACAAGUGUAAGGCGAAAUUUGAAGAGGAGAGCCAAUGCUUCAACAACAUUAAUUACAACAAAAGCUAUAGAUUGUUCAGUGAAUUUGAAGAGUUUUAUCAUGGUCAUCAAAACUCCCAGGUGGUUGCUCAAGAUAAGAACCAGAAGAUGGAGAAGUCGCGAGAAGAAGAAGGAGAAGAAGACGAUGAGAUGGAACGUGAUAACUUGGAUGAAGAUUCGAAGAAAGAGGAGAUAAGUGUGGAAGAUGCACCUGAGGAUAAUGAGAAAUUGGUGGAGAUAUCAAAAGGCAAGAAGAGGAAAAGACAGAAGAACUUUGAGAUGUUUAAAGGCUUCUGUGAAGACAUUGUGAAGAAGAUGAUGGCUCAACAAGAGGAGAUGAUGAAUAAGCUUCUUGAAGACAUGAUGAAGAGAGAUUAAGAGAAGGUUGCCAGAGAAGAAGCUUGGAAGAAGCAAGAGAUGGAUAGGAUUAAUAAGGAACUUGAAAUUAGGGCUCAUGAACAAGUCAUUACAGGUGAUAGACAAACCACCAUAAUCAAAUUCUUAAAGGGCUUCACUACCUCUACUGGUUCUUCUGAAACUGAAAGUCGUCUUGAUAAGGUACUAAACACUCUAAAUUCUCCCACUUCAUCUUCCUUAAAUCUUGCACAAAACCCUAAUGCUCCACAAAACAAUCUAGAAAUGCCCACUUCAGCUAGCCAUCAAAUUUCAGUUUUUUCUCCAAGCCAAAGCAGUCCAUUGACAUCCACUUCACUACCUCAGCCCUCAGCACCACAAAACCCUAUUUUAAAUCUUGCUCCAACCCAAAACCCUAAUUCUCCAAAAUCCCAAAACAAGCAAUUACCACCCACUACUUCGUUCUCAAAACAAAAUGGCACUCAAAUUAAUCAUGGAAGUAGCAAUGAUAAAGAAGACCUCGGCAAGAGAUGGCCUAGAGAUGAAGUGUUUGCACUGAUAAACCUGAGAUGCAGCCUCUACAACAAUGGAGAAGACAAAGAAGGAGCGGCGGCGGGAGCGGCGAAGACUCCAUUAUGGGAGAGAAUUUCACAAGGGAUGUUAGAGCUUGGAUACAAAAGAAGUGCAAAGAGAUGCAAAGAGAAAUGGGAGAACAUCAACAAGUACUUCAGGAAAACCAAGGAUAACAACAAGAAGAGAUCACUUGACUCAAGAACAUGCCCUUAUUUUCAUCAAUUAAGCACCUUGUAUAAUCAAGGAACAGUUGUAGCACCACCCUCCGAUGGCACGGAAAACCGCUCCUCCAGCUUACCGGAAAACCACAAUGCUUCUUCUUCUCAGGGAGGUUCUAGUACGACUGAUUCAAUUGUUGAAGGUGAGAAAAUUUUGGUUCAAGCUGAGCCUCCUGCAGCUUUCGAUUUUGAUUUCUAAUAUUAAAUUUUAUGAGAAUUUUUGUGAGUGUAGUGGCAUUUUUAUCACUAAAUGAGUACAUUAGACAGUAACUUUUAUUGGAAUUUUAUGUUAUAUGUUUUUUGUUUGAAGUUGUAUUGUAGUGACAGUGAGCACCGACAAGAUAUAUGAAAAAUGAUGAGUAAAUAUUAGAGGAGAA